ACCUUGAUGCGUGUUUAGCGGCCGCGGAACCGAUUAGACCCGCCCCUACAACACACAGAUCAAACAUGCUGAAUGGAAACCUCCCUCAAGAUACUCGCUACCAACUGAGAACCGUGAAGAACAACUGGGGUCAAAAAUGGCGCACUUUCUGCCAAGUUACAAGAAUCUGAUUCUAAAUGGUAACAAUGUUCCCGACCCCUGCUGCCCUAGACGUACCUGGGGUCGAGUUGGACACAGCUCUCCAAACUCUAGGGACCUUAACAACUUCGGCAGAGACUUCCAGAGGAACGGCCACAAGUUUACCGAGGAGCUCUGUUUAGCGGAUUCUGACAGAGACGGGGUCCCCAAUGGAGUGGAACUCGGUCUAAAUACUACCAGACACAACAUACAGACUCUCUGUCAAUUUGUCGCCUCCUAUACAUUUAACGCCAAACUGAUCAAUUUCUUGGAAAGGAAAAGUUUGUUGGGAAGGCCCAUCGGACAUCCGGGCAUUUGUGACCAGAACAGCUGUCCACCAAAUUUACGAUACCGAUGCGGACGAUGCUAAACGGCGUGAAAAAGUAAAAAAUGACGAGGUCAAAAGGGGACCGGAUUCAGUUAUAUUUUUUAUAUGACUAGUUAAACGUUCUUGAGCUUUGCGAUUAAUGUGGAAAUAUAGGGGAGGGGUGGUACUGUAAUAUUUACCUUAAGUUGGUUCUUUUUAUUGUUUGCUUUUGUUUUAUUUAUUUUACAUGGUUGGUAAAUAAAAAAAUUAAUCAUUACAGCUAAUUAACUGGGUUUUUUUUUAAUUUAUUCUUACCAAAACGAGGUAUGUUUUGGUUAUGUAUGUGGUUUGAUGAAUGAAAAUAUACAUCAUUGUGCUGAAAAUGACAAAUUUUCUGAAAACAGUUCUGUGAAAAGCGUAUAAACGGGCCAUUUAUAAUUACAGAGGUAUUGGUUCAUUAGUAUUCAAAUCAUCACACUGUGGUUUCUAUUAUAUAGGCGGAAAUACUGACAAAGAUAGCACUUGUAAUAGGUCAUGUGAAUCAAAAUAAAAACCAAGUGCCCCUUAUUGUCAUAAAUUGUCAUUAUUUAGUAUAUACACAAUUGCAAUCAGUGUGGUUGUAGGUAAAGAUAAUUCCUGUUUUCACACUACAAUAUACAUGCAUGUGCAUGUAAUAGUGUUAUGUCACCACUUCGAAUAAGUUGUCAACGCUGAAGAGUGUAUUUUACACCUUUUGGUGUAUUUUUAAAGUUGUAUUUUUAAAUAAAAAUCAUUUAUUAUAAAGUGUU